AUAAAACCCUCUUAGUUUGUUCCUCAUAGCCACUCUCCAUAUGUGAUCUCAACAUUAUAUGGCACCAUUUCUUCAUAUUUUCUUUACUGAACCAUAACUUGGAUACUUUGAAACUUGUUACUCCAUUCAUCAAACCCUGGAAUAAAAAUCACCUGAAGGUCCCAACAUCUGAAAAGGAUUGAGACUAAAUCAGGAUGUUGACCACUGCAGCUCUUAUUCUCAUUGUCACCAGUAAAGUUGUCCUGGGACAGGAUGACAGACGGGCUGUUAAAAGACAGAGAUUUCCAUUAAAUAUGGCAGAGGAUUCAGUUGAUGACCUGUAUGAAGGCUGUACAGAGAAGAUGGAAAAAUUGGUGGAGACAAAAUAUCUACCUGAAGAAAUCACUGCUAACAUAUCAGGCUUUGGAACAGUUUGGGAAAACAGUACAAAAAACAUCCCUGGACCAAAAGACAAUCUGACAAGAAACCAUUUAAUUGCCAUUUCUGUGUAUACUGGUGUUAUUGUAUAUAGAAAAUUCAAUGAGGAUGCUAGGACCGGUAAACAGAAAUACAAAGAAAAGACAUACAAAUGGUAUUCGCUUCAUUUUUGGUUGACACAAGCAAUACAGACUCUAAAGAAAACGCAACAGGGAUGCAAGUCAACUUAUCGUGGUACCAAUGUUACAUUUGAAGGUGUCAAUAACACAGAGAUUCGUUUUGGCUCAUUUACGUCCUCCUCUCUUGAUCGUAAAGUAACAGCUGAUUUCGGAAAUCAAUCUUGUUUUGAAAUCGAGACUUAUUACGGUGCUGAUGUGUCAAAAUACUCCCAGUUUCCUAAUCAGAAAGAGGUGUUGAUUCCCCCGUAUGAGACAUUUAAAGUCACUGAUAUCAGGAACGAUCAGAAGGGUGACUGGUGUAAGACUGUGUUUGUGUUAAACAGCUCUGAUAUAACAUGUAACUUAAACUGUGCAGUGGCAUCAGUCAAGCCCAAGAAAUAUCACAAUGUCAUUAUCUCUGACUGAUCAGCAUUUACAUAUUUUAAUUUCUCUUUUUUAUAAUAAGCAUGCUUUUAGAAAACUUAAUGAUUGCAGCUUUAGUCUAUCUGAAUGAUAGUCAUUUAGUUUUUUUUUUUUACAUUAUAUGCAGAGUUAAAUGCAUUUGUUGCAUAUUAGCUGUUCUGUUGCAUACGUACACUGUAAAAAGUUCUUUGCUGCCUUAAAUUUACAAGUCAUUUCAAUUUACUAUUAUUUGACUAGAAAUGAGUUGAGCUCAGCAAAUCAUUUUGUACUGCUUUAAAAACUAAAGAAUAUCUUAUAAAAAUACAAGUUUUUACGAAUUUAAAACUAUAAGAAUAAUCCAAAAGCAUGUUAGUUACUGCGUGAAUAAAUGUCACUUAAAUUUCAUUUAUUUAAACAGCUCUCUGGUCAUUUACCGCUGAUAGCCCAGAGUCAUCUUGACCGGUACUACUUAUGUUUAAUGCUCCGCUUUCUGUUUUCUCAUGCCAUGUUUGAAUUUGUUGCAAAAAAAUUGAAUAAAAUAUUAGAAAUUUA